CGAAAAAUCGAUGCCUGCCAUCAAAAUGAAAUGCCUACUGUAUUUCAUUGUGAUACUCAUAAUUCAAGCGAAUGUUCCAGGAAGUGUUCAAGAUUCUCCAGAAGCAUAUAAUAUUCUCGAGCCAAACCUCGGAGGAUGCCCUCGUACUUCGGACCGAAUCAAGUUUUGUAGUGCAAAAUUCAAUUCUUCCAUUAGAAAUAAGGUUUCGCCGCUGACAUGUGCUCACCAAUGGUGUUCUUGUGCAAUGGAAAUCCCAGAGGGCGAAGAACAUUGUAAGGAUCAUGUACAGUCGGCGUGCCUAAAAUUGAAAUCUGAUGCCAAAGAAGGAAAAAUCAUCUUAGCGAAGCCGAAGUUUGAUAUCUCCAUGAACAUGAAGCAAACUUUGAGAGAGUUGGAAAAUAAUUGCACGGUUCAAAUUAUGGAAGGUGAUGAUAACUUGAGAGUUGAACAAUUGUUCAAAUUGACUCUUUCCAACAGGUGCAUCAACGAGCAUUCUCAACAACUGGAACAAGCUUUAAUUGAGGAGGAUACAAAUACUUCUGUUUCCUUUGAUAUUCCAUUUGAUUGGUUCCGGUGUGGAUGGGAGCAUGGAGCCAUCGGAAUAGUAUUUAAUCGAAAGUGGGUCAGCGAAUCAUGUGGAGAACAUUCAGCUGAAAUCAAUAACUGUUGUGCGAAACACUAUAAUUGUUAUAUGAACCAACGUGGAUACAACUUAUGUGACAAGACAGCUCGAGAAUGUCAUAAGUCAGUCGUAUUGAGCAGUCAUCAAGAGUCCUGCAAAGCCUUUUCUGAGAAACUUCUGAAAAACCGGGUAGAUGAGGAAAUAUAUAAAACUAUCGGGACAAAGGAGGUCGAAACCCAAUUUGUGACGUUCGACGGGAAUCUUCACGCAGCGAUGAAACCAAUGGGUACUCUGAAUUCAAUCCUCUCUGCUACUGUUCACAAGAUUCAACCUCACCCAGUGAUCAAUGCUACUCUUCGGCACCUUUUCGAUAAUGAUGUGUACAAAUAUGGAUGGUCCAAUAGAAUUGAAAUCGAUUCUUGUAUACUCCGUUUCGAACAUUGCAAAACACUGGAUAAAAUAGAUUAUUGUUUGAUACAACUUCGAGGCUGCAUUUUGAGCAUUGAUAACGAAGAUGCGGAUUUCAAAUCAACGACCAAAACAAUUUAUGCCACUAUCGAUGAGUUGAUCAAGAUUCCAGAAGAAUCUUGGUGGAGCACGAUUUUGCCUGUAAUUGCCAUCAUCAUUUCAAUAUUCGUUUGUUUCUGUGAUAUCUUCCGUUGUGUUAAAUUUUUGAAAAAAAAAAUUUGGAGAACUGAACAUCAAGCGUUAUCGCCCCCGAACGGACAAGCUGAAAACAAUGCCGAUGGGGAGAACAACGAAUAAGAAAUGGAACAUCGAUCUAUGAAAGUAAUGAAUUGUUCGUCCGUGUAUUAAGUUAUUUCUCGAUGUUCCUUUUUCGUUGUUUCUCAGUGUCCUUUUAUUUUCUCUAAAAAUGUUUUCAACAAUUCACAACCAAUACUUGUAUGUCAGUACUGUAAUUUCAAAAAGCAUA